AUGUUUUUGAGCUCGGUCUCAUGUUCUCGUCCCCUUUGGAUGUUCCUCGCAUUAUCAUCUGCUCCGAGUUUCUUCCCGCCAAGGAAACAUCAUGGAAGGGCUUCUGGGAUUUCUACUUCCUUGGAAACCGAAAACCUUGCACUUACAGGGGUAGUGUUUCAGCCAUUUGAAGAGUUCAAGAAGGAGGAUUUUGAUAUUCCAGUGACUCUUCAGGUUUCACUUGCUCGCCAAAAAUAUACAGAUGACUGUGAGGCCGCAAUCAACGAGCAAAUUAAGUCAGUGCCCUACUUCACUGUUGCUGUAUCGCGGUCUGUGGAAUACAGCGUGUCCUAUGUGUACCACUCUUUGUAUGCUUACUUCGAUAGAGACAAUAUUGCUCUCAAAGGCUUAACCAAGUUGUUAAGGAAUCUAAUGAAGGAGAAAAGAGAACAUGGCAGAGAAGUUGAUGGAGUAUCAGUUGAUGGAAUUAACCGGUUAUCUAAAGAAAAAGUAUCACUUUGGUUAAGGAUUUUGAAAUUAUUGGAGAUCCAAACCCAAAAAAACACACUUUCAAGAGCUAAAAUAUUUUGCUCUAUAGCUCUAUAUACCUCUUAUUCAGCUGUGGAAUUAGCAUUGUCGUUGGAGAAGUUGAUUAACGAGAAGCUUUCAAGCCUGCACAAUGUAGCAGAGAAAAACAAUGACCCUCAGGUGGCAGAUUUCAUUGAAAGUGAGUUCUUGUCUGAGCAGCAGUCUAAAUCGCCAUCACUAAUAUCUACUCAUCCUCCAUCUCAUUCUCCAAAUUCUGGUUUUACUUCGUUCAACUCUCAAAAUAAUGAUUCUAACAUAAAUUGGACUUCCUCAUCUCAGGAUCACUCACCUAAUUUUUCACACGAUGGGCAUCAGUCUCAAAGUUUGCCAAAUUCUGCAUCUGCACCUUCAUUUGAAGUGCAGUCUCAAGAUAUACCAAACCCGUCCCAACUUAAUAGUCACCCCAUGAUCACAAGGGGCAAGUCAGGUAUUGUAAAACUGAAAAUUAUCACUUAUCAAGUUACUAAUAUACCUUUUUCUCCUGUAGAUAUUCAUGAAGCUAUGCGGUUUCCUCAAUGGCAACAAGCCGUUCAUGAUGAACUUGAUGCUUUGGUGAGAAAUCAAACUUGGGACUUAGUUCCCUUACCACCAAAUCGACAUGCUGUGGGAUGCAAGUGGUUGUUCAAGGUAAAGAAACGAGCUGAUGGUACUGUGGAUCGAUUCAAAGCUCGGCUGGUUGCCAAGGGUUAUGCUCAGAAAAUAGGCUUCGACUUUCAUAACACGUUCAGUCCAGUUACAAAAGCAAAUAUUGUUCGCACUCUCCUUUCCUUGGCAGUUACUCAUGGUUGGGAAUUGAGGCAAGUAGAUGUCAACAAUGCCUUCCUCAAUGGAGAUCUUGUUGAGGAAGUGUAUAUGCAACAACCCCCCGAUUUUGAGCAGCGAAAUAUCGAAGGUCAACCUCUUGUUUGCAAACUACGAAAGGCCCUUUAUGGUCUCAAACAAGCGCCGAGAGCUUGGUUUCAAAAGCUCAAAGAUUUGUUGUGUUCCAAUCUGAAUUUUCAAGCUUCAUGUGCUGACCCUUCUUUAUUCACACGUCAAAAUGAAGGAACUAGGGUAUGGUGUCUGGUAUAUAUUGAUGACAUUAUUCUCACUGGUAGCAAUUCGAAGGAACUAAGUGAUGUUAUUCAUCAGUUAAACAAAGCGUUUUCCCUUAAGGAUUUGGGACCUUUGCAUUAUUUUCUUGGAGUAGAAGUGCUUAGAUGUAAUGGAACUCUACAUCUAUCGCAGAAAAAGUAUAUUCGUGAGUUAAUCAAUCGUGCUGAGAUGACUUCUGCUGGCUCCGUACCCACUCCAAUGGUCGUGUCUCCUACUCUCACUUCAACUGAUGGUCAAUUGUUACCUACGUCCAAGGCUGUUUUAUAUAGAAGCAUUGUGGGUGGACUUCAAUAUGCAUGUCUUACCUGUCCCGAUAUAGCUUUUGCUGUAAACAAACUCAGUCAGUUCAUGCAUUCUCCAACUGACAAGCACUGGGUGGCAGUCAAACGAGUACUACGAUAUCUUCAAGGAACUAUCGAGUUUGGCCUUUAUUACACUCCACCGGAUCAGGUUGAUAUUACAGCUUUUUCAGAUUCGGAUUGGGGCAGCUCUCUUGAAGAUAGGAGGUCUACUUCUGGUUUCUGUAUCUACAUAGGUGGCAACCUCAUUGGUUGGUCAUCCAAGAAGCAACAUGUAGUGGCACGCUCCACAUUUGAGGCAGAAUUUCGAAGUGUCGCCAAUACUGCGGCUGACAUCGCUUGGUUCAUUCAUCUUCUGACUAAUCUUGGAGAGAAGUGCUGUGGAAUUCCAACUAUAUGGUGCGACAAUUCUGGUGCUGUCCAGAUAUCAGCAAAUCCUGUUCUUCAUUCCAAGAUGAAACAUGUUGAACUUGAUCUUCAUUUUGUCCGGGAAAAAGUAGUAAAGGGUGAUCUUCAAAUCAAUCAUAUUGUUGCACACAAUCAAGUUGCGGAUCUAUUCACUAAACCUUUAAGUGAAUCUCAAUUUGUUGCGCUGCGAUCAAAGCUUGGAUUAUGUCAACUCUGCUCAGUAUCCACGGUUUUUGUUUUCUCGGAGGAGGAGAAAACAGGGGGAAUAUCAGGCAGUAAGAAUGAUAUACAGGUGUUCGAUAAUAUGUUUGAGAUAAGCACAAUAUAGCUUUCUCGCAAGGUAGAAGCCAUUAAGAAGAUAUCAGAAUAUGUUGCUCAAUUAAGGCUUGUUGGAAAAGGCCACGGAGUGUGGCACUUUGAUCAAAUGCUUCUCCAUGAGGGUGGCGCUGCAUAGGAGAUGUUAUAAGACAUAUAUGUGGACAACAAUAAACUGUUGUUGCAGUAACCCCUUUAGUAGCUUUACCAUCUUAACAUUUUAGGGGAGAGGAACGAUAUGCAUAAAAGGCCUCUCUGAACUUUGUGUGUGCUUUGUAAUAUUUCCUAGUAAGAUUGUAUAAACAAAUAACAAAAGCUUCUUCUAAAGAGUUU